AUGAACGCUGGUGCGACGACUGGCACGAGUGCCCUCAACCUUGGCACACUGCGGCAGUUUGGAGACCACCCCGCCCUUGACCUAGGUGCAAUUGGCGAAAAGCUGUUGGCAGAGCUUUCUCCAACCGUGCACGCGGCAAACCGCACACUGUUGGUGACAGAGCACUUCUCCUUCCACAUGUUCGCCACAAACCGCACAGAGUUCUGCCAUUAUCACCCUGGAGACACGCUGCAGCGCGUGCUGCACGGCGGCGGCCAGUUCUACGUCGACUACGGCAAACCGGUGCCCCAGAACCCAGGCGACAGCUUCUUCAUCCCAAAGGGCAAACCGCAUGCCUUUGACGGGCAGCUGCACGGCCCCUCGCUUGUCCUCGUGCAAUGGUCUCCACCUUACCAUGACGGGUACAUCAUCCCCACCUCCGGUUGCCGCUUCUGA